AUGGACCGCUGCAUCGUAUACUUCCGAGCUCCUUCACAGACGAUCAUUCGGUGUACCAUCACGGAGACCGCGAAAGAACAAAGCUCGAGCGGCUCGAGUAGCGACGACGACGUAGACGAAAAGCUCGAAGCAGAAGAAGAGAAAUUCAAGGUAGCACACGAGCAGAAAACCACUUAUGAGGAGAAAAGAGGUAGUGUGCCAUACGAACAUGAUGUGGAAGCGCAACCAGCAGCACUGGAGAAAAAGGGGAUGUCAGUAUCGAUCAAGGACGCGAAUCUCGUAACAUGGGAUUCAGAUGACGAUCCAUACAAUCCAAAAAACUGCCGUGGUAACAAAUCACUGAUCAAAUCCAGGGUCAACGAAGCGAAAAUGGGCGGUAACAUUAUUCGUCUCAUGUUUUACCGUGCGGGGUCGCCGAUUUCCUCUUCCAUGAUCGCACCAGCGCUGAGUUCGAUAUCUGCUGAGUUCGGCAUGACCAAGGGGGUCAUGUCUCAAAUCCCUCUGUCCAUCUUUGUCCUGGGAUAUGCGGUCGGACCAUUGUUUCUGGGGCCGUUAUCGGAGAUAUAUGGCCGCGUCAUCAUUCUGCAAUUGUCGAACUUAUUCUACUUAUUGAAUAACCUGGGCUGCGGAUUUGCACAGACUUCUGGCCAACUCAUGGCAUUCCGGUUCCUCAGUGGCCUUGGCGGUUCGGCUCCAUUGGCUAUCAGUGGUUGUUUCAGCCUCUUCUUUCUCGAAGAGACAUACGCACCUAAGCUUCUGCAAUGGAAGCGUGAUAAGCUCAGUGAAGAGACCGGAAACAGGGAAUUGUAUACCGAAUACGAUGAUGCAGAUCGCACGCUGCUCUCGACGCUUAAAAUGGCCAUAAAGAGACCAUUCAAACUCCUCUUUACUCAGCCGAUUGUUCAGGUCCUCGCAUGCUACAUGGCGUUCAUAUACGGCCUGAUGUAUCUCAUGCUUUCGACCUUCCCGCUCUUGUGGACGGACCGCUAUGGCCAAAGUGCGAGUAUGGGCUCACUGAAUUACAUUUCCAUGGCUGUAGGAUUCUUCCUGGGAGUGCAAAUAUCCGCUCCUUUCAACGACAUGCUAUACCGUCGCCUCAAAAAGAAAAACAAUGGGGCGGGAAAGCCCGAAUUCCGUAUUCCCAUCAUGGUGCCUGCUUCGCUCCUCGUACCUGUUGGUUUGUUCUGGUACGGAUGGAGUGCGCAAGCCAAGUUACAUUGGAUCAUGCCGAACAUAGGAGCAUGUAUAUUUUGCGCAGGCACUAUAGUCAGUUUUCAGUGCAUCCAGACCUAUCUUGUCGAUUCUUACACAAGAUAUGCUGCCAGUGCGACUGCGGCGGCAAUUUUCUUGAGGUCAUUGGCUGGAUUCGGAUUCCCGCUGUUUGCUCCAGCAAUGUACAAUGCACUCGAUUUCGGAUGGGGGAACAGCUUAUUGGGGUUCGUCGCGUUGUCUCUUGGAGUGCCAGCCCCCUUUUUGCUGUGGAAGUUUGGGGAGACGCUGCGCGAAAGGAGCAAGUUCGCUGCAGGCUAA